AUGGCGCAAUCUAUCCAAUUGACGGCUCCUAACGAGACCACCUACCUCCAGCCUAUUGGACUGUUCAUUAACAACGAAUUCGUUCCUGCUAUCUCCGGCGAGACUCUUUCCACUGUCAAUCCCUACGACGAAUCUCUCAUCGCCAGCGUCGCAUCUGCUGGCGCCGAGGACAUUGACCUCGCCGUUACUGCUGCACGAAACGCUUUCAAGUCUGAGGAAUGGCAAUCCCUGACCGGCUAUGAUCGCGGUGUGCUCUUGACUCGCUUGGCCGAUAUCUGCGACCGCGAGAAGCACGUUCUUGCCACCAUUGACGCAUGGGAUAACGGCAAGCCUUAUGAGCAGGCAUUGGGCGAGGACCUUGCUGAGGCUAUCUCCGUCUUCCGUUACUAUGGCGGCUGGGCCGACAAGAUCCACGGACAGACUAUCCCCACCAGCGAGGCCAAGUUGGCCUACACCAGGAACGAGCCUCUUGGUGUCUGUGGUCAGAUUAUUCCCUGGAACUAUCCUCUUAUGAUGGCGGCUUGGAAGCUCGGGCCUGCUCUUGCCUGCGGUAACACCGUUGUCAUCAAAGCCGCCGAACAAACCCCCCUCUCCAUCCUUUAUCUCGCUACUUUGAUCAAGGAAGCCGGCUUCCCCGCUGGUGUGGUCAACAUUGUUAACGGCCCCGGCGCUGUCGCCGGUGCUGCUAUGGCAUCCCACUUGGAUAUUGAUAAGAUCGCCUUCACCGGCAGCACCAACACCGGCAAGGCUAUCAUGAAGGCCGCCGCUAGCAACCUGAAGACCAUCACCCUCGAGACCGGUGGCAAGAGCCCCCUUCUCGUCUUCGAUGACGCCAACCUCGACCAGGCCGUCAAGUGGGCCCACGUCGGUAUCAUGAGCAACAUGGGCCAGAUUUGCACCACCACGUCUCGCAUCUACGUGCAAGAGAGCAUCUACGAGAAGUUCGUUGAGCAGUUCAAGCAGUACACCAUUGAGAACUCCAUCAUUGGAAACCAGUUCGACCCCAAGGUCAACCACGGACCCCAAGUUUCCGCCGCGCAAAAGCAGCGCAUUCUCUCAUAUCUCGAGGCUGGCAAGCGCGAGGGCGCACAGCUUGUUCUUGGUGAGGAUCAGCCUUCCGCUGAUGCCAAGGGUUACUUCGUCAACCCCAUUAUCUUUAAGGAUACCAACCGUGAUAUGACUCCCGUCCGCGAGGAGGUCUUCGGUCCCUUCGUUGUCAUUGCAUCCUUCAAGGAUGAGAAGGACGCCAUUGAGAAGGCUAACGACACCGAGUACGGACUCGGCGCUGCUCUGUUCUCCGAGAACAUUACCCGUGCUCACAAGGUUGCUUCGAAGAUUCAAGCUGGUAUGGUCUGGAUCAACAGCUCACAAGAUUCCCACUUCGCCAUUCCAUUCGGCGGAUACAAGCAGAGUGGUAUUGGCCGGGAACUUGGCGAAUAUGCUCUUUCUGCUUACACUCAGGUCAAGGCAAUUCACGUCAACCUCGGCACCUGGCUUUAA